CACAGACAUCUCAUUCUCAUCUCUGCAUUCCAAUUGGAUUUUUCGAAGACACCCAUCAAAGAAGAGAGAGAAACACACACAUCUAAUUGAGAGAGAUAGAGAGAGAAACAAGAAGAGAGAGAGAGAGAGAGAGAGGUCGCUCUCAGUAACAUCACAGGAAAACAACUCCUACAGAGAGGGGAAGGCAAAAAAGGGGGUGGCGCAGGAUAAGCAGAAGCAAUGGUGUUGCUGCUGCUGCUGCUCUAACGUAAGCCUUCCGCGCAGGAUAACUUCCACUUGGGGGGUGUUUUGGUUAUUUGGAGCGGCGGUUGAAAGUGCUGCUACAAUGGCAUCAGCUGCGCAUUUUAGCAACGGCCACCGUCGGUGGAGGAGACUGGUAAAGGUAUUCUUCUUGGUUCUUCUCUCGCUAACGUACGCCGCCGUCGCCGCCGGGAGAUUACCGGCUUCUUCAAGACAGAAGCUUGAAGUUCAGAAACACUUGAAAAGACUGAAUAAACCCUCCAUUAAAACCAUUCAGAGCCCAGACGGAGAUAUAAUCGACUGUGUUCACAUCUCUCAUCAGCCAGCUUUCGACCACCCUUUCCUCAAAGACCACAAAAUCCAGACAAGGCCUAGUUACCAUCCAGAAGGGCUUUUUGAUGAGAGCAAGAUUUCUACAACGGAAGGGCCAAGAACAAACCCAAUUACUCAGCUGUGGCACGUGAGCGGCACGUGCCCUGAGGACACAAUCCCCAUAAGAAGAACAAAAGAAGAAGAUGUUUAUAGGGCAAGCUCUGUGAAAAGAUAUGGUAAGAAGAAGCACAAAAGCUUCCCCAAAAAGCCCAGGUCUGCAGAUCCUGACCUCAUUAAUCAAAGUGGUCAUCAGCAUGCAAUAGCAUAUGUUGAAGGGGACAAGUACUAUGGAGCAAAAGCAACAAUUAAUGUUUGGGAACCUAAGAUACAACAGCCCAAUGAGUUCAGCUUGUCUCAGAUUUGGGUUUUGGGUGGUUCUUUUGGUGAAGAUCUUAACAGCAUUGAAGCUGGUUGGCAGGUUAGCCCUGAUCUGUAUGGUGACAACAACACUAGGCUCUUCACUUAUUGGACUAGUGAUGCAUACCAAGCAACAGGUUGCUACAACCUUUUGUGCUCGGGAUUUAUUCAAGUCAACAGCGAAAUAGCAAUGGGUGCAAGCAUCUCCCCUGUUUCUGCUUUUCGAAAUUCACAAUACGAUAUUAGCAUUCUUAUCUGGAAGGAUCCGAAGGAGGGAAAUUGGUGGAUGCAAUUCGGGAGUGACUACGUAUUGGGAUAUUGGCCAUCGUUCUUGUUUUCGUACUUGGCGGAUAGUGCAUCCAUGAUUGAGUGGGGCGGAGAAGUUGUGAAUUCGGAGGCCGACGGGCAGCACACGUCGACUCAAAUGGGGAGCGGUCAUUUUCCGGAAGAAGGGUUCGGAAAAUCGAGCUAUUUUAGGAACAUACAAGUUGUGGACAGCUCGAACAACCUUAAAUCUCCAAAGGGACUCGGCACUUUCACCGAGCAGUCCAAUUGCUACGAUGUUCAGCCAGGUAGUAACGAGGAUUGGGGCCAUUUCUUUUACUAUGGAGGCCCUGGUAGAAACCCUAAUUGCCAAUGAAUGAGAGGGCUGAAGAAAUAGAUGUUCCUACCUCUAUAUCUCUAUCUCUAUAUGUAUACCACUUUUUAUUUUUUUAUUUUAUUUUUUUUAGUUUUGUUAGGUUUGUUUAGUAGAUGUAGCCUUCUUGUAUGGAAAUUAUUGACCAAUUUGGCUUCUCUAAAAGAGUUGUUUAUGCAAGUGAAUUGGGGGGAAAAGUGGUCAUGUUUCUUGAAAA